GCGGAAGAAAUAGACGGGUGGCUGAACGGCUUAGGCUUUUGGGAGCUCCCGACAGAAAUUAACGAUUAAACAGUUAUAUAGAAAUACACACAGCAAAUAUACUCAGAAAUUCGUAUUUUGUAAAGCCGGAAUUUGAGUUUAUAGAAUUGGAGUGCUAUCUGAAGUGAAGAUUGAAGAUGAACCACUGCUGUGUAUGCUAAGAUGGCGACGUCCGGUCAAAGAGAAGGUGGAAGAGAAUCAGCGCCACCAACUCCUAGCACAUCAUCAACGGAGAAAAAGCCCCAAAAUGCAGAUAACGAUGUCCAGCAGCUGAUUGGUCCUCAAGAAAAAUGUUGCUCUCAGCCACUGGGGCGGAGCGCCACUUUGAAACAGGAAGAUCCCCAGCCCCCCCACAUUAAAGAGGAAGAGGAGGAACUCUGGACUACUCAGGAGAGAGAGUGUGUUCUCGGGCCAGAGGAGGCUGAUCUCACCAAGUUGCCACUGACUGGUGUCUCUGUGAAGACUGAAGACCAUGAAGACAAACCACCUGAGUCCUUACAUUGGUUGUGUCCUUCAGACGUCCAGCAGCUGAUUGGUCAGCAAGAAGAACAUCCCACUCGGCCACAGGGGUGGAGCUCCACUUUGAAGCAGGAGGAUCCACAGCCCCCCCAAGUUAAAAAGGAAGAGGAGGAACUCUGGAUCACUCAGGACGCAGAGAGUCUUCUAGAGCCAGAGGAGGCUGAUCUCACCAAGUUGCCACUGACUGGUGUCUCUGUGAAGACUGAAGACCAUGAAGACAAACCACCCGAGUGCUCACAGCUUCAUCACAGUCCAAGUGAGGAGAACAGAGGGGCGGAGACUCCAAGCAGCAGAUCAUCACAGCACAUGACAACAGAAGCUGAUGGAGACCACUGUGGAGGAUCACAAGCAGACAACCUCUUAGCUCCACUAUCAGAUAGUGAUGACACAACGUCACACUCUCCUGAACAUGAAAACUGGGACGACACCCAAGAACCUUUGAGCAGCGAUUCAGAUUGUGAAGGUGCUAUGAGGACUCACACUGACAAACACUCUGAAAAAAAGACGGAUAAAAGAUGUUUCAGCUGCUCUGCUUGUGAUAAAAUCUUUUCUUAUAAGCACCAUUUGACUCAACACAUGCUGACGCACACAGGAGAAAAACCUUUUUGUUGCUCAGUUUGUGCUAAAAGCUUUUCUUUAAAGGGUAAUUUGACUCGACACAUGGUGACUCACACAGGAGAAGAACCAUUUAGUUGCUCAGUUUGUGCGAAAAGCUUUUCUCUUAAGUGUUAUUUGACUCGACACAUGUUGACUCACACAGUGGAAAAACCUUGUUGUUGUUCUGUUUGUGGUCAAAGAUUCUCCCUAAAGGAACAAAUGGUAUUACACAUGAGAAUUCACACAGGAGAAAAACCCUUUAGUUGCUCAGUUUGUGGCAAAAACUAUUCUUUCAGAAGCACUUUAAAUUAUCACAUGCUGAAACACACAGGAGAAAAACCUUUUGGCUGUUCUGUUUGUGGCCAAAGAUUCACUCUAAAAUCAAUCAUGGUAUCACAUAUGAGAAUUCACACAGGAGAAAAACCCUUUAGUUGCUCAGUUUGUGGCAAAAACUAUUCUUCCAAACCCAGUUUGUCUCAUCACAUGCAAAAACACAAAGGAGAAAAACCUUUUGGUUGUUGUGUUUGUGGCGAAAGAUUCCUUCAAAAAGCAUUUAUGCUAUCACACAUGAGAACACACACAGGAGGAAAAUGUUGUAGUUUCUCAGUUUGUGAUAAAAAAUAUUCUUUCAAACCCAAUUUGACUGGUCACAUGUGGAAACACACAGAACAACAACCUUCUGGUUGUGGUAAAAGAUUGUCUGAGAAGCAAGCAAAUAUAUACCACACUUGUCAAGAAGGGUUGGGGUCAGCCUCAGAUAGUCAGCCGAAACAUUAUUGGAACCAAAAAGGCUUUGAAUGGUCUUUCUGACAUUCAUAGAUAACUAAUGUAGACACUAUCAAAUAUGUAUUGUUAUCUGAUCAUAUGAGGUGUGAGUUGAAACGUGGUAAUUGAGAGUGUCAUAGUAUAGUAGGCCUGGGUUGUGUGUACAAUAAUACAUGACACAAGAAGGGGAAACAUUCUGGAAAAACAGUAUACAGUUGUCUAUGGCUACAUCAUGUUUUUGUUCAAAAAUUAAAUGAUUACUGUUUCCUGAUUGACUAUGGCCUGGGUUUCGUCAAAAAAUAUUGAAAGACAAGUCAUAUGUAUUAUUCUGGUCUCGAGGUGUCAGUUGUAUUACAUUGAUGAGACAUUACCUUACAUCACAUUACCU